AAAAUUGGUCUUGAAGCUACCUUCAUGAAUUUUAGGCCCGUGAGCAACUUGCCAUUUAUAUCCAAGCUCGCUGAAAGAGCUGUAUUCGAACAGACACAUAUUUAUAUGGUAAAUAACGAUCUGUAUCCAUCUGCGCAAUCAUCAUAUCGAAGGAAUCAUAGUACUGACACUGCUCUGCUGAAAGUGAAGAAUGAACUUUUGAUGAACAUGAAUGAGCAACAUGUCUCGCUCCUUGUACUACAGGAUAUGAGUGCGGCGUUCGAUACGGUUGAUCAUCAUAUUCUUCUUGGGCGUUUGUCAUCUAAAUUUUGUUUUACUGGAGGUGCUUCUAGUUGGUUCCGCUCUUAUUUAUCCCAGAGAUCUCAGCGCAUAGCGAUUCGCGGAACAGUUUCCGAGAAGUUUGAUGUGCCUCCUGGUGUUCCUCAAG